AACUGGUUCCGUAUGUUGUUUUCUUGUGGUUCUCGCAUGCUACUGCUGAGAGUGACCAGCAACAGCGAGUCCGUCGUCUCUGGCUAGCUCGCUAGCUCUGUUGGCCAUGGCGAGCGCCAAGACGAAGCUGCAGCUGCAGCUGCAGGAGAGGGUCCCGCUCCCCCGCACGGCGUGGAAGCUGGCCGACCUCGCCGUUCUCUUCCUGCUCCUGGCCCUCCUCGCUCACCGUGUGUCCUCGCUGAUGGUGGCCGUCGGCGGCGGCGGCGGCGCGGCGUGGUGCUGUGUCGCCGCGCUCAUCUGCGAGGCGUGGUUCACGGUGGUGUGGCUCCUCAACAUGAACGCCAAAUGGAACCCGGUCCGCUUCGACACGCACCCUGAACGCCUCGCCGAACGGAUGAGCGACGGCGAGCUUCCGGCGGUGGACAUGUUCGUGACGACGGCGGACCCGAAGCUGGAGCCGCCGCUGGUGACGGUGAACACGGUGCUGUCGCUGCUAGCGCUGGACUACCCCGCAGGCAAGCUGUCCUGCUACGUCUCCGACGACGGGUGCUCGGCGGCGACCUGCUACGCGCUGCGCGAGGCCGCCGAGUUCGCCAAGCUCUGGGUGCCCUUCUGCAUGAAGCACGGCGUCAAGGUCAGGGCCCCCUUCGUCUACUUCUCCGAGCGUGGCGGGGCCGCAGCCGACGACGACGACGCUGAGUUCUUGCGCGCUUGGACGUCCAUGAAGAACGAGUACGAGGAGUUGGUCCGCCGGAUCGAGAACGCCGAGGAGUCUCUAGUCCGGCGCGGCGACGGCGAGUUCGCUGAGUUCGUGGGUGCUGACCGCAGGAAUCACCCGACCAUAAUCAAGGUCCUGAUGUGGGACAACAGCAGCAACGACGACAGCAAGAAUGCUGCAGGCGAUGGAAUAAUCCCAAGCCUCAUAUACGUCUCGCGGGAGAAGAGACCCACACAGCACCACUACUUCAAGGCCGGUGCCAUGAACGUCCUGACGAGGGUGUCCGGCGUGGUGACCAACGCGCCCAUCAUGCUGAACGUGGACUGCGACAUGUUCGCCAACAACCCGCAGGUGGCACUCCACGCCAUGUGCCUCCUCCUGGGCUUCGACGACGAGCUCCACAGCGGCUUCGUUCAGGCGCCGCAGAAGUUCUACGGCGGCCUCAAGGACGAUCCUUUCGGCAACCAGAUGCAGGUCAUAUACGAGAAAGUUGGAUUUGGAGUUGCCGGACUUCAAGGCAUAUUUUACGGCGGGACAGGUUGCUUUCACCGUAGGAAAGUCAUCUACGGCGUGCCACCAGACUCCACCACCACCAUCGGCAUCAAAGAUUCACCAUCUUACAAGGAGCUGCAUAAGAAGUUUGGCAGCUCGAAAGAACUGAUCGAGUCGGCGAGGAGCAUCAUUUCAGGGGACAUGUUCAGAACACCAACUGAGGUUGUGGCAGACCUAACGAGUCUCAUCGAAGCAGCCAAACAAGUCUCCGCCUGCAGCUACGAGACCGGCACGAGCUGGGGUCAGGAGGUCGGCUGGGUCUACGGGUCCAUGACCGAGGACGUCCUGACGGGGCAACGCAUCCACGCCGCCGGCUGGAGGACGGCGUUGUUGAACCCCGACCCGCCGGCGUUCCUCGGCGGCGCGCCCACCGGCGGACCCGGCAGCCUCACCCAGUACAAGAGGUGGGCGACGGGCCUGCUGGAGAUACUCCUCAGCCGCCAUAACCCGUUCCUUCUCGCCGCGUUCAAGCGCCUCGAUCUCCGGCAGUGCGUCGCCUACCUAGUCAUCGACGUGUGGGCCAUUAGGGCACCCUUUGAGCUGUGCUACGCGUUGCUCGGACCUUACUGCGUCAUCGCAAACCACUCCUUCCUGCCAAAGGCGUCAGAACCGGGUUUCGUCAUCCUGCUGGCCCUGUUCCUAGGUUACAACGUGUACAACCUGGGCGAGUACAAGGACUGCCGGCUCUCGGUGCGCGCCUGGUGGAACAACCACCGGAUGCAGCGGAUCGUGUCGUCCUCCGCCUGGCUGCUCGCGUUCCUCACCGUCGUCCUCAAGACGCUCGGCCUCUCGGAGACGGUGUUCGAGGUGACGCGCAAGGAGCAGCAGAGCACGUCUGAUGGUGGUGCGGACGCCGUCGCCGACCCGGGGCGGUUCACCUUUGACUCGUCGCCGGUGUUCAUCCCGCCGACAGCGCUCACGAUGCUGAGCAUCGUCGCCGUCGUCUUUGGGGCGUGGAGGCUGGUCGCCGGUGAGGGGGAAGGCGUGCCCAGUCCCAGUGGCCCGGGCGUCGGGGAGUUCGUGUGCUGCGGUUGGCUGGUGCUCUGCUUCUGGCCGUUCGUGAGGGGGCUCGUCAGCAAGGGAAGCUACGGCAUCCCCUGGAACGUCAGGCUCAAGGCUGCCCUGCUUGUAGCCGCGUUCGUGCACUUGUCCACAUGGAAGUAACUUUCGCUGGUGUCAGAAUAUGCAAUGGUUGAUGUGACGACGGGAAUCAAUCAUCUGGGAAACAUGUCCAUACUUAAUAAUCUCAUUAGAUCCUUAAUUAUAUUGUCAUCAACGCAUCAACACCCACUUAGGGGCUUAGAUGAUGAACUUUCAAGACGACUAGCAUCUGGCUGGCCUUAUUCCUGCACUGAACUUUCGUUACCAGUCUGAGUCUGUAAAACCUGAUAUUUUGCGAGACAAAUCUUUUAAACCUAAUUAGUGUA